CUGUCGGAGGUGUUUUAAAGCGGAAACUUCCGUGAACGCUGAAAUCAGCUGUUUGUUUCUGAGUGUUUGACGCUGCGGGACGUCGUUUUUAUUUUCAGCAACAACAGGAGGUGUCAUUUAUCUGACCUUUGACCUCAGACACGCUUUGGAAGCCGCUCGCUGACGUUAGCAGUUAGCCGUCGGAGCUAACCGGUCCACUCGCUCUGCUGCUGCCGGAGACGCACACCCAGAGUCCAGUGCUUAUAGUCAAACCAGCCGGGACCUCUGAACGUUUCCUCCGGGGCUGUAGGUAGGACAGAGCCGUUUCAUGUCACCCCCGGGGCCGGUGUGGACUCUUUAAUGGGAGGCGGAUCGCUCCGGGGGAGUGGACGCUGUCAGUUUGGAAGAACGCGGAGCUCCUGGCUUCCUCUCGGGCUCUCAUGGAGUCUCUGGCCGGGUAUGUGUACAAGGCUGCCAGCGAGGGCCGAGUCCUGACCCUGGCCGCGCUGCUGCUGAACCACUCCGAGGCGGAGACGCAGUUCCUGCUGAGCUACGUGACCCACCUGAGCGGCCAGAGGUCCACCCCGCUGAUCAUCGCGGCGCGGAACGGCCACGACAAGGUGGUCCGGCUCCUCCUGGACCACUACAAGGUGGACACCGAGCAGACCGGCACGGUUCGGUUUGACGGGUACGAGCUCACCCGAGGCUACCUGCGCUCCACAGCCAGCUACGUCAUCGACGGUGCCACGGCGCUGUGGUGUGCAGCCGGCGCAGGACACUUCGAGGUGGUGCGUCUUCUGGUGAGUCACCACGCCAACGUCAACCACACCACCAUCACAAACUCCACCCCCCUGCGAGCCGCCUGCUUCGACGGGCGUCUGGACAUCGUUCGCUACCUGGUGGAGCACAACGCCGACAUCAGCAUCACCAACAAGUUCAACAACACCUGUCUGAUGAUUGCCGCCUACAAAGGCCACACGGAGGUGGUGAGGUUCCUGUUGGAGAAGGGGGCGGACCCCAACGCCAAGGCCCACUGCGGGGCCACCGCGCUGCACUUUGCAGCUGAGGCAGGACAUCUGGACAUUGUCAAAGAGCUGAUGCAAUGCCAGGCAUCCAUGGUGGUGAACGGGCACGGCAUGACGCCGCUGAAAGUGGCGGCGGAGAGCUGCAAGGCUGACGUGGUGGAGCUGCUGCUGGCGCACGCCGACUGCGACCCUCACAGCCGCAUCGAGGCCCUGGAGCUGCUGGGCGCCUCGUUCGCCAACGACAGGGAGAACUAUGACAUACAGAGGACGUACCACUACCUCCACGCGGCCAUGAUGGAGCGCUACCGCGAUCCAGACAACAACAUCACCAAGGAACUGUUCCCAGCCGUCGAGGCUUACGGAGGGCGCCGCGAGUGUCAAACGCUGCAGGACCUGGAGGCCAUCAGGGUGGACCGCGACGCCCUGCACAUGGAGGGACUGAUGAUCCGAGAGCGGAUCCUGGGCUCGGACAAUAUCGACGUGUCGCAUCCGAUAAUCUACCGUGGCGCCGUCUACGCUGACAACAUGGAGUUUGAACAGUGCAUCAAGCUGUGGCUGCACGCCCUCCGCCUGCGGCAGAAAGGAAACCGCAACACGCACAAGGACCUGCUGCGCUUUGCCCAGGUGUUCUCGCAGAUGGUCCACCUGAAGGAGCACGUGUCAGCCGCCGCUGUCGAGCAGGUGCUGAGUUGCAGCGUUCUGGAGAUUCAGCGCAGCAUGGUUCGCGUGGAGGCCGCCGCUGAAUCCGAGCUGCCACAGGCUAUGGAGAGUUACGAGUCCAACGUCUUCACCUUCCUGUACCUGGCGUGCAUCUCCACUAAAACCACCUGCAGCGACGUGCAGCGCGCCGCCAUCAACAAGCACAUCUACGACCUGAUCCAGCUAGAUCCGCGGUCACGCGAGGGCGCCUCGCUGCUCCACCUCGCCAUCAGCUCCACCACGCCGGUGGAUGACUUCCACACCAACGAUGUGUGCAGCUUCCCCAACGCGCAGGUCACCAAGCUGCUGAUCGACUGCGGCGCGCAGGUCAAUGCCAUCGACAACGAGGGCAACACGCCGCUGCACGUCAUCGUCCAGUACAACCGGCCCAUCAGCGACUUCCUCACGCUGCACGCCAUCAUCAUCAACCUAGUGGAGGCCGGCGCGCACACGGAUAUGACCAACAAGCAGAACAAGACGCCGCUGGACAAGAGCACGACGGGCGUGUCCGAGAUCCUGCUGAAGACGCAGAUGAAGAUGAGCCUCAAGUGCCUGGCGGCGCGCGCCGUCCGGCAGCACCAGAUCACGUAUCGCAACCAGAUCCCCAAAACGCUCGAAGAGUUCGUGGAGUUCCACUGACGCCGGACGAUUUUUAAAAACGUUUUUCUAACAGUUCACACGGUGCUGAGGUUGGCAGCUCAGAUCGUUUUUUGAGCAUUUUUAUAUAAAAAAAAUCUUUUUUUUCUUUUCGGCAGCACCAGGCAGCUUCCUGUUUUGCCUUACCUCUCUGCCAGGAAGCUGCCGCCACGUCGCCGCGAUUGUGUAAGAAGAAAUGAUCGGACCGAAGGAACGAGUGCCUGAAGAGACGCCGCCGGACGACCGAGCUCAACCACCAAUCAGCCGUCGCGCAGAGGAUUAUUUUUUAAUUGGAGAGAAGUUUUUAUUGGGGUUGUUCCUGACUGUGGCGGGUCGAGGCUGAAUUCAGACGUCUGCUUCAUCACGUUUGAGUUCAACUUUUUCUUCUGGCUCUAAAGAAACUGUGCGGACACUCCUGCUCUGAAUCCUUCCACGCCCUUUUAUUUAUAGUUGUGGGUAUUUAUUUGGGCAGCGUUCAGCCUUUUUCUCAUCAGCUGUGUCGGGUUUUGUUUUUGUUGUUUUUUUAAUGAGAUUUCUGAUAAAAUAACUGCAAAUGAGCUGCUUUGACUUUCUCUCACUGUCUGAGAAAUUCUAAAAAGAAACAGCAUAAAAAAUGUCAAAGUUUAGUGUUAGAAAGAAAACAGACUACCUUUACACGGAGUUUCAUCAGAUUUGUCUGAAUGCAGAUUUUAUGUCCCGAUAAAGUUAGUUUUUUUUUUCGUUAAUGGAGAAGUACGUGCCAAAAAGCCUCCGCCGAGGGUCGAACUGAGUCUUGAAGCCCAGAUUCAGUUGAAGUGUUCAAACCGACGUCUCUCCUGCUGUUGUAGAAAUCAGCAGGAGUUACACUUUGAUGCCAUAACGUGACAAAGUUUUAUUUUAUUCUAACUUUUGACACCAGGAUGUGAAAAGUGAGCCAACAAAAGGCUCGUCAGUCGGUCUCUUACGGUUUAGAUAACGAGCACAUCUCAAGCUCGCCGUGAUGGAUGUUUCUCCACGCUGACUCUUGGGAAGCUGCGAGCGUUUCGGGGGCGGGGGACUCGACUGCCGGCGGCCUUCCGACUGACACGUGGGGAGCUGGUGCGGCGUCGCCUGGGCGUUAAUGACCAUAUCUGCGUCACCCUUGCGCACUCGCAGACUUGAAAAUUGACCGAGGCGUUGGGGAUCUGCAGAACCGCCCGUGGAAUUUACUGUAAUGUUUUGGCGUUUGUUGAAAGCCUCUCGUGUUGGUGAACGCCCCGCUGCAAGAAUCAAAGAUUUUAAAACUGGAUCUGAAACCAAACAAGGAAAAGAAAUCAGUUUUGAGUGCAGGUUUCAGAUUUCUGCAUCGUAGGCGUCACCUCACCGGGAUCAGCAGUGCCUUUAAGUAAAACGUCCGGAUAAUCCCGACUCGCAUCCAGUCUGAUGGGCCGUUUCUGGCUUUAAGUUUUAAUAUGAGCGUCGUUAAAGUGAGUGGUUGAGAAAUAAAUGGUAAUCUUACUCGGUGCUAGCGUUUAGCGGUGUGAGACUGGAGUCGGCGGAUUAAUUUUCCAGAUCUGGAGCAGGAUCCUCCAGGAGGGACGUUAGAGGAUGAAGGUUUUGAUCGAUGCUCUGCGGGCGUUUUUUGCAUUCCUGCCGGAUGUUGAAUAUCGACGCCGCGGCGUUUUAUUUAUCUGGGAGCAGGUCCGACUCUUCUCACAUCCCUCCCCUACUGAAGCUGCCUGUCACUUUAUAAACACCUUUAACCCAAACGUCACGUUCGUGAACAUUUGUGCUCAGGUCGUUGAGCUUUAGAUGCUCGCUAAGGCCCGGCCUGUUUGGUCCAAAGUGAGGAUGAGACGUUUGAGAGCAAAGCUGUGGAUGCUCCAGCAGAGGCCCGCUCUUAUUUUCCACACAGGUGCCAAAUCUCACCUGCUCUCAUGUUUAUUGCAAUAAUAUGAUGUUCAAAUGUAGACCUGAGGUGGGAAUGGUGUGAGAUUUAGAAAAGUUUCCUGCUGAUGUUUCCUCCUGUGUUUAACAUCAGACUUUAUUAUAACACUUGGGAGGACGGCCAAGCGUUCGGGUUGUUUUACUCUGUUUGGGAGCGCUCGCACCUCAAUUGACCGUUAAACAUCAGGUUUAACAAGCCGAUCAUGGUGGAAACUUUCUCGAGGCUCUUCUUGGGCCACCGUUUGGCGUCCUGUAAUCAGGUGUUGAAGAGCGUUUGCUCUCCUAAUAAAACUCCAGCUUUUAUUACCCAUGUGCUCACAGGGCAUUAGUCUGCCAUCCACAGAGCUCGUUCUGUUUAAUUCAUUUUUAAUUUCUUACAACUAUCAUUGCAGGAGUGUUUGUGUCCUGGUGGGACCUUUUUUUCAUUAAAAGCAGGUUUCUGUGGCUGAGAUGAAGCCAAAGAUGCUCAGUGUGCCAGGAAAACGUAAGAGAUGUCAGCUGAUGGGUACUUCCUGCGGGGUGAAUGCUGUUAAAUUAAAGUCUUCUGUCUGAGCUCA